AUGAAGUCCAAGGUAACCCUGAAAACAAACCCUGGGCAGUCGUCCAAAAAGAAUGCGCAACCUGCUAGUAGUUCGGACACUGACCAAGAGCCGAUCUACACAAUAGCAGGUGGCUUUGUUGGAGGUGGCCCAACCAUUAGGGGCACCAAGGACCAUGACAGGGGCAAGGUUCGUCGACCGAAUGAUGACCCCAUUGUCAUUGAGUGCAAAGUGGCCAACCAGAAGGUUGACCGGAUCCUCAUUGACACCGGAAGCUCGUCUGACCUCAUCAGCUACAAGUGCUUGUCAAAGCCAAAGUACAAGCCCGGUAGUAUGCACAAGGUGUCUCACCCCCUGGUUGGUUUUGGGGGUAGGGUUGUGCACCCAGUUGGACGGAUUGACCUACCCAUCUGGCUGGGGGAGAAAGGAGAAGGUUGCCACAUGGUAGUCCAGUUCUUGGUUUUGGAAGAGCUUACCGCCUAUAAUAUAAUAUUGGGCCGUCCGACUUUGAAUGCAUCUAAGGUCGUCAUUAUUCCAUCCCUCAUGCUGCUAAAGUUUGAGAAGGAUGAUGGGUCUAUUGGCUCCCUAAAUGGGGAUCAAAAGACGGCUAGAGAGUGGUACCUUUCAGACGUCAAGCCCACGGUGGCCGCAGCCGGUCAUGGUGAGGAACCAGUAGACCUUGACAAUGUCAAGAAAGCCGAGCUUGCUCCAACAGCAGCCGACAAGAAGAGAAAGGCCGACCAGUUGGUGGUCAAGAAAAAAGAGAAACAAUAG